AUGGCGACGGAUUACAUUCCCGAUCUGUUUCACAGACUGUUCGACUUCCUGCAAGAUCUCAUCGAUAAACCUGACCCCUCGUUAUUGCCCCGGCUACGGUUGGAACUCGAUCGCGCCAGACCGUUUAUUAUCCAACUAUUUGACAAACGACCCAGGAAUCCAAAGGAAGCAGAUCAGAUCAGAAAAGGUCAAUUCGUUUAUCAAUCUACCUUGCAUAGUCACACAUCCGACUUCACGCAAGAGGCACUCUAUCUCUCUGAGCAGCUUGAAUUAUCUGAAAAUCAAUGUGCCAUCCUUUUGCAACAUGGAAUGUCCCGUAAAGCGCGCUAUGGCAGACCGAACGCAGACAAUGCGGUGAUCAUCUAUUAUCAGGAGCGAACAGCCCUACUGAGAGUUCUGAAACUCAUCUUUCAACCUACGGAUUCGGAAAACCUUAUCACCAGUGGACUCAGUGAGGAACUCGAACGGUUUCGGAAUGGUUUGAUAAGUAGUCGGUCAACCUCAGUCAAGCAGGAUACUUGGGUCUCGAAGGUGCUCAAAGAAAUCGAGCACUCAAAGAAUCAAAUUCUCAAGUUGAAAGCUCAGCUCACUUCAAGUUCAACUUCGAAUGCAUAUGCAGGUCAAUCGACGAACAACAGUACUGGAGCAUUCAACUUUGGAUCUACAUCUACCCCACCUCAAAGAGCUCCGGAAAAAUCAAAUCAGGUGGUAGUCAAAUUCAGCGAUGAGAUCGUCCAAAGAAUGCUAGAGCAGCACCAAUCGGAAAGACGCGAACUUGGGCAAAUUGUAUAUCUGAUUGGAUUUUCUCGGUUGCUCAACAAGGAACAUCUUCUGAGUCUAGUCGAUAUCCUUGCCGACAUGAACUCCCAGGAUCCUCUGAUUUGCCAUUUCUUGAUGACCUUCCUCGCAGCAAUGGAUGGCGAGUGCAGCUCACCGACGGAUGCUGAGUAUAACUAUCUUACUGGGCUGUGGAACGAUAUCGCUUUUAUGCAGACGAUGACUGAGCGGUUAACUAAAAAGCGAUGGCUGGUUCGACAAGUGAAAGCAGUCGCAUUGUUACAAUGGUGUUUGUUUUUAGGCUUAGCUUACCAGCAAGAUCCCCGACUCGAGCACGAAACACAAAUAUGGGAGGAUCUCAUAGAUCAGAUGGUCAUGUCUGCGAUCCACAAUGGCGCGUUUCCAUUCAUGGUUUCUGAUUUGCUGGUUUUCAAAAAGAAAGAUUUGCUGGAAGAAUCGCCUCCUCAAAUCCUUGGACCCCGAACGGAGGAUGCCCUUCGCGUGGCCACUGCCGAUGACCUUUUGGGUAUUGAGGAAGGUUUUCGAUCGGAAGUUGUGGAGCGAAUCGAUCAUCUAAUGAUCACUUUUGUUACCUCGCUUCAAUCUGUUCUACGUCGACUACGCAACCAAGAAGAAGAUGUGCACGUCUCAAUGCGCUACCAUUCAAUGAAUCAAACGUCCAAUCCGGACAUGUCAGAGAGCCUCCCAUCGACCCCUCAUCAUGAUAUUGAAGCCCUGUUCGAAGUCAUUGCUGCUAUCCAUCGAAAUGCCCCCGAUUCUGCGUUGGUGUACUGGGGAGUCGGCGAGAAUCAAGAUAAUAUCGAUGACCCCACGUUGACGUCCGGGCGCUCGACCAAAUUGACUGGGUUUGUUAGAUGGGCCUCCGAAUGUCGUCAACUCGGAAUGGUCCAAUCGUUUUACGAAAUGCUGGCGUCUUUAGCCACGGGCCCGCGCUGCAGUGAUCUAGCCUACUCUUUCCUCAUGAGCGGCUCGUCUGAAGAUGGUACGAGUGGGAUGAAUCCUACAAUGUCCCGCAUUGCCGAUGCCAUGGGUAGGAUCAACCUCUUGACGUGCUCGUGGUCCUCUAUCUUUGGCCGAUUCCAGUACUAUAUCCAGGCACUCCAAGUAUUAUCAUUACAAAAAAACAACACGCCUGAAAACAGGCAGCUCUUCCCGGCUGAAGUGUCCAUCCUCAAGAAGUAUGCCAAAGUUAUCAGACAAAUUGUCCGUUAUUCGUCCAUCGCUCAAGCUACGCUAUACGAUCAUCAAAAGUAUCGACCUAUCCAAACUCUUUUCGCUUUGGCAGCCUGCCCCAUUCCGCUAGACCUAAAAGCAGAAUUACUCUUGGCCAUUGCCGCAUUUGCCGCCCCCGGCAGCAAGAUCAGUGCUGAUAUUGCUCGCAAGUGUUGGCUUACUCUUGAACAUAGUCAGAUUCUAUCAACGAACACAUGGGGCCUACCUGCUGAUUUCGGCGCUCCAGGGGCGCUCUCAUUGACCAGUGGUGAACUGAUCAGGACCGGUAUCCUGGCCGAGCUGGAAGAGGUGGAAGCAACCAAUCAAGUCUAUCCCGGGUCGACAGCUUUUAUUCGUCUUCUGGUUGCUUUGAUUCACCCACCGGCGCGCCGAUCUCCAGUCAAGAAGGGGGAAGAACUAGAACUACAGUCCAUCCCUGAAAACCUGGGUGUUUCAUCUCGAUCUCCAGGUAUCGAACCUUAUUUACGAUUCGUAGUAGAUGAAGUCUUCCGGAAAGUGGGAUCGCGCGACUUUUUACAUCAAGAAGAAAGAUACCAGGUUUUCGAAGUAUGUCUGGCCUUCAUUGAAAGAUGCCUAACGUCAUACGAAAUCGGGCCGUUUUUGGCUACUUCGACACUUUCCAAUGCACAUUCAGGAAGUGAGGUCCAUUCUAGAGCAGUAUCAGCCGUAGUAACGCAUCCAGGAUUUGAAAUCAUGCUUCGCAUACUCAAUAACACUGAGCUCACGCGGCAACUUUUUGAAACCCUUCUUAAUGGGCCUCGUUUUGUUGAAAAUGAACCUCAAAAGUCUGAUAUCACUUGCCGAUGUGUCCUUCGCGCUCUCAGGAUCGUGCACCGGGUUAUCGAACUGCAACAUCCUUUUCUAGACGGCGUUUUACCCCACGUACUGAAGCACGCGGCCUCAAAUAUCCCCCACGAUCGGGUGAUAUGGGCCCGGUCAGCCCAAAGCUUGGAUCAGCACAUCUUUCACUCUAGCAGCAUGGUUAUUUCAAUCGCCGUUCUGGUGGGGUGUGUAGAGGACGAGGAAGUUGCUUACCUUGCUGUUAAACUUUUAACGCACAUUGCCGAAUCCACAUUCUUUAGUGCUGCUGAUCAGUUCCAUGGACAGUACCCUGGGAGAAUGAACCGUUUACUUGGUCUGCUAGAUUCUUCAGAAGAGAGCCUUUUAAUUCUGGGUAACUUUAUGGGUCGCUUGGAAGCAGCCGCAUCAAGCUUUCGCGACGUGGAUGAUGGCGAUUUUGUGGUUGAUACAUCUGGCGAACUAGAGGAGAGAGAUAUGUCUAGAAUCUCCUCGGCCAUCAGAAGUGCGAUAUUGGAUCUUUUAUUGCAGAAUACUCAACCUCAUCGAGCUGCCCCCAACGUGGCACACUAUCUUUUGGGAUUCGAUGCACGAGCUUCUAAAGAUACCAUUGCUUUAGCCGAUCCCAGAUCCCCCGAUGCCAAAUUGUCUUGUUUCCAUGCUAUUCUCGAUUUGCUCCGGAUGGGACAAGCGUCAAGAAAAUCUGAAGAAAAUGAAGUCGAAUUUUCGUUGCUCGAGAGGGAUCCGAUCCUGGCUGAAAAAGCUCACCGCGUUAUUCGACAACUCUGUUUACACGAAUAUUCUUGCAAACCAGUUUCCCGCUACCUCCGUAAUACCGAGCAGUAUUUCAUCGCCCAGGCCAGUGCUUUGCCGCUGUCGAUACCGGCCAAUCACGCCAUCGCCGGUGGCCAGCUCAUCAUGAGCAGCGGAAAAGUCGUUGAGACUACUUGCAGUGAGAUUGUAGCCACUAUGCAUUCGACAUCCUGGGUACUGGAAACAAUUUCUUUAGAGCUCAAUAUUCUCACGCAGCAAACCCAGCGAGAACGCGCUACCGACCUGUUGUUUAUCUUGUUCGAAUCUUCAUCUUCCCCAAAUCAAAGCAAGUCGAUCUUGGACCAAGUUGGCAGUCCAGAUCAAUCCCUUCCAAGGAUGCAAGAAUUGUUUUUAUACUUGGAUUUCGCUUGGAAGAACGAUACGACAAUCGAGCCUCGUCCAUUAAAUUUUUUUGCAACCCUCAACUUCGAUCAGUGUUGCAUCAUCGAUAGCACGGGCUGCCAGCUCUUCGAUUUAGGUGCAAUCCUCAGCAUGCUUGGAGCUACGCGACAAGAGAUUAAGCGUCGUGGUCUGCUGAACACCGCUGCGCAACAGGCCGAAAUGCAGGAAGAAAUUAAAUUUGUGAUUGAAUCUAUUGUCGUUGAAAAUCAGCGGCGACAGAUUGCCUCAGCCCAGUACCAUAUGUUGCGUUCAUGGAGCACAUUACUGCGCCUCACUUUGAGUCGAGCGUUUCACUUGGUCCCGGCCGAAAAUCGACACAUCUUCUUGCUCGACCUGCUGGGUUCAGUCCUGUCGAAGCUAGUAGAAGGUCAAGUUGAUUCAGAUUCUGCUGAACUGUUAAGCGAAAUCGUUGUCGCGUUGAUGAUCAAAUUACGCCAUGAAGGAACUCAAUUAGGAUCUCUAGCGACUGGUGAAGCAGCACAAGCUUUCCCCUUCGAUCGCAUGAUAACCAUUCUGAAGACGAUUGUUCAAAGUAUCGUCCUCUCCAACACUUCCAACAUUAUUCGAGGCAAUCUAUACGCGUCAUUACUAGGGUUUCUUCAGCACGUCUACGCGACCAGUAACGCUGAUUCGACAGCUUCACAAUCUUUCUCGUCUCAAGACAUAAUGAAACUGGCCGACGCACUAGUUCCAUCGCCUGAUGCGGCCUCCACCGUUGUCAGUCAGUGGAAUUCUUCUCGGAGCACUCUAGAGACCAAUACUAUUGCCAUGAUAUCCACAGCCUUUGAUCGACUGCUACCAGUGCUAUCCAAAGACGCGAUCAUGGGUAGUGAGGUGUGGAAAUCAGUUGCUUUUACCGCUCUGGACUCGCUCUUGAUGUUAUCCGACCGCUCAAGAUCCGGCUUCAAAUUGAUGGCCGUAUUAUGGAGGAAUGGAUCCAUGAAAAACUUCGUCGACUUUGUGAAAGAUGCAGAAGCGGACCUCCUUGCAGUUCUUGAGCCUGACCCAGAAUCUCUGAAUGCCUUGUAUGUCUACGAGACCCAAAUGGCAUUUUUGCUACGCGUCGCCUCAAGUCAGGCCGGUGCUGAGAAGCUCAUUGACGCUCAACUGCUAGUGAGAUUGGGACAGUGCAACUACCUUAGUGGCUCACCGCAGAGCCUGUCUCUCCAUCAAGAGUUCGAUAUGUUCAUUCCAUCUGCUUCAGAGAGAUACCAUCAGUUACUCCUCCCUGCAUUGCAAUUGGUCGCCGGUGUUCUCAUCAGUCUAGGCUCUGAGUCUGGUCUUGCUACUCGGGAAGCUCUGAACUUCAUCAACGCACAACGAGAGAUGAUCAUGACAUGCAUUCGCUCGGCGGGAAUGCUGACAUCCAGCGUCGGAAUUCAGGAGUUACUCCUAAUUACUACCAUCCUAAGAAUAGCCUUACCGGCUGUUGGCGACCAAGAAAUUGCUUCCUCAACAGAUUUUGGUGCACUCCACACCGGUAUCCUUGCCAUCGCGAAUGUAGUGUGUGGGAGUCAAGCUUGGAUGAAUAACAUUUUACCUGCAAGUGAGCUCGAAAGGGAAAAUGUAGCUCGCAUCGUACCAGGCUCCAAUGCUCCAUUCACAGUCUUUCAGGAGCAGAUCAGAGACCUCGGACUGACUUUCGAAAGUAGUAUCUUGACCUACAUGAGAGUGGCAUCUCAAAGGCGAGCUCGAGUAAGGUUCAUCCCAGUGAUUUCACCGACUCUUAGACCACUUGAAUCAACCAAUGGGAUGGUUGGACCAGGUCCCACUCUUGGAACCACUCUAAGUUUCCUCCGGGAUUCUACUAACUUGCUCGAGUUCACUGUCCUUCAGACUAGCAGCCUUACUCAUCGGUUAAACAACUGGGGUAAAAUCAGUCGGGAAGAGGUUGCGGAGAUCUUAGCGGAAGAUGAUGAGUUCAAAACACACGAAUCAGAUCGGAAGCUUCAAGCCAAACAGAAAGUGACUGAAGCUCACACGAAAUCUUAUGCAAGAUCUGUGGCGAUCUUGGAUAUGAUUGAUAUGACGCUAUCCCUAUUUUGGAGGAACGCUUCCUAUUACCUCCAACAAAAUGAAAUGGGCGAUGGGAACCAUGGUGCCAGUGGCGAUGGAUUCGCGACAUUACCACGAUCGUCGUCUUCAUUUCUUGGUGGACCCGGGUCAGGAUCGACCACUAGCUAUCCAAACAAAUUGAAUCUUGAUCUGCUAUCGGGUAAACGAAGCGCCAAUAAGGACAAUGGAGCUCUAUUUGGUGCAGCCAGCCAUAAUGGGAUUAAUAGCUCUCUCACGGGAAAUCGGUUCCUCAGUAAUAACACCGGUAACGAUUUUGAUAUCAAUAUCAUUAAAGAAGAAUGCCUGGAAUUCAUCAGGCCAACGUUUGUCAAAUUACAGAAUAUCGAUUUGGCUUCAGGAGGGUUCACAAAAGAUGCAAUCAGGGCACGAAAGAAUUACAUGGAAAUUUUGAUUAGAUCAAUUUCAAGUCUACUAUUUACAUCUUAA